AUGCACCGGAGGCUAUACGGCUUGAACGAAAUUGCGAACUUCGUCACUUCCCUGGUGAUGCAGAAGCAAGGGACGGACAUCCGCAAACGUAUCCUGCCACAUCACAUAUUUCAACUCCAGUGUAUCGUAAAUUCUUUGGGUGUCUAUCGCGGUUGGACGAUCAGCUCCUUCAAGGGCCACAAGGUCAUCCUACCACCCUGGAGCUUCCGACCUAGGCGUGAUGUCGACCUCUUCCUCGACCGCAAAAAUGAGAGAGAUCCCAACCGACAUCGAGACGUCCAUGCGCUGUUGGAAGACUUGCAGGAUGAUUUUGCCAACUGGCUCGGCGAGUCGAGGUACAAAUUAGGUCUCGCCAAAAUCCCGCCGUCUCGCUUCUCCAACGCCAAUGCGAAUGGCCUCUGGGAGUACUCGCCCUUCCCUUUCAGUUGGAACAUCGACGCGGUCCCCGACGCCGAGCUUCCGCUUACAUCCUCCUUCUUUUUCCUCCGCAUCGCAAAAACGAAGCAAAUCGUCGACCCCAUCACCCACAAAGUCCGGUUGGAAGUCACCGUCAUAGUCAAACGUGCAAGGUCCGAGGUCGUACUGACGACGCCAUCAUGGAGAUGGUCUCGCUGGGCAACCGCCUCGCCACCUCCAUGCCAUGUCGAAGCCCGCGCCGCCCCGGGUCCCCCUGCGGCUUCCCCCACCCCUACUUACCGCUCUGCCAGAAGGAGGGAGCUACAAAUACAAGCAACUUCACCCUUCAGGCCAUCCAAAAAUCACCACCGGCAACAAGCGCCGCAGCGAAAACAAUCGAAAUCCGCAAUUCCGGGCCUAGAGACCUUCGCAAACGCAAAACACGACCUCUUCAACGACAUCUCCGGCACAAUUCGCCCAUUCUCAAGUCUGAAUUUAUACCACCGCCACAACCUCCAUGAUGACCAAUUCGUCAGAAUCGAGGAGCAGCUGGCGGGGCGUUGUCACAGGCUAUAUGUGCGCGCCUACGAGAAGGACAUGGGAUGCCGGCAGACGGAGAAAUUGGGGCUGGCGUUAUUGGUGAUGAACGGAGGAGGACGAAGAGUAUUUGAGGGUCAUGGCGGAGGCGUUCGAGAAGGGGAGGGAGGCGAUUUUGACGCAUAUUACUGAGAUGGUUAGG